ACAAAACAAAAAAAACGCCAAGAUGUGUUGCUCCGGCUUUCUCAAAAUAAUGAUGUUUGUCUUCAAUGGCGGCAUCUUUUUGGCAGGUGCAGCCAUCCUGGGUGUGGGAGUGUGGGUGAAGGUGGAUAGUGGUUCUCUGCUGGGUUUAGUGGAAGACGUGGAUGGCGCUCCGUCUGGCUUAUCCCAGCUGGUCAACGUUAGCUACCUGCUGAUCGCAGUGGGUUCCGUGCUGCUAAUUAUUGGCUUCCUGGGCUGCUGUGGAGCUGUCAAGGAGAGCAGGUGUAUGCUGCUGACGUUCUUCAGUAUUGUGCUGAUUAUCUUCCUCAUCGAGGUUGCAGGAGCUGUGGUGCUGCUCGUCUUCAACGGUUUGGCCGAUGAGAUUCUUGGUCAUCUGGAGGAUGACGUUAAAAAAAGCAUUGGAAAGCAGUAUGGAAGCAGUGACAGUUUCACUUCUCUCUGGAAUGCCACCAUGAAGGAGUUUGAGUGCUGCGGAUACAAGAACUACACAGAUUUUGAUGGCUCCCCUUUUGUCACUAUGCACGGAGGAGAUAUUUAUCCACAAACAUGUUGCAAUGCAACCUUGGCCGUGGAUGUAUGCAAUACAAACAACGCAUAUCAUUCGAAUAUUGAUGGCUGCUUUACGAUGCUGCUGCAGCUGAUAGAGGACAAUGCUGUGAUCAUUGCAGCUGUGGCUCUAGGAAUCGCUGUUCUUGAGAUCGCUGCCAUGGUGGUUUCGAUAGUUCUCUACAAGCAGAUUGGCAGCAAGGCAUGAUGUUUCCUGUUUGGGAUGAGAUGGCAACAUUGUAAUUAGUGGAGAAAUUUUACUUGUAAGCAGUUUUCUAUGUAUAACAUUUUUUUUAUUUCACUCAAAACAAGCACAUUAUCAGGCAGACACACUUUUAUUACUCUAAAUGUUAUGUUAUGGAGAGGUAGUCAAUGGAUCUAAUAUGUUCUUAGUUUCAGAACUACACUUGCACACAUUGAUAAUGUGAUUUAUUUAUGUUUCAAGAAGGGCUGCUAUCAGUGGAUGUUGCAUGUGCUGAUCACUUGUAAUAUGUGAUGAUGCACAGGGCAGAAAAGAUCUGCAAGUCAUGUCAGUUGAUU